UUGCUAUCAUAGCGGUCGAGUUAAAGAUGUCCGUCGAAAGUAUUUGAAACGAGCCAGUAUAGAAUUUGUUUGUGUGACAUAAACUUCAGAACUUCUGGCAGUUUACCUGGCUUGGAAUUUACAGUUGAUUUUCGUGCCUGUUCCGCCAACAUCAUUAGUUGUUUAUGUUUGUCUCAAUUUUGAGAAACAACAGGAAACCCGCAUCGUUAUCUGAAGAAGGCUUUGAGUACAGUAGCCAGACGAGACGGUUCCCCAAGUGCGCACGGGGAAUUAACGUUUUUUUGCUGGUUUACAUGUUUUACGUGAUCGUUUAGAACCCCAAAAAGGAAAAUGAAUUCCGAAACGGAAACUCCAGAUUCAACUUCUCCUACAAUAGAUGCGCCGAUUGCACCAGCGACCGAGAACACACCGUUGUCUGGUGAAACCACCGUGAUCGUUAAUCUUACGGAAACAACUACGGCACCACCGAGCAGCAGCAUUACCAGUACAGUGGAGGAAGAAUCGGAUUUAGCUGAAACGAUACCGAAUGUAACGAAUAUUAGCAGCAAAUAUCCCAAAUUAAAUCAGCUCCGUGUGAACGAAUUCGGGAUAUACGAAUUGGUUCCCGGGGAGGAAUCGACGGCGGAGAAACUGAAUGAUACCAUUCCGGCAACCGAAGUUGUAUCUGCAGAGAAAGAAUUAGUCCCAGAAGCAAAAGUGGCACCUCCGUCAACAGACGCUGAUUCCAUUCCUCAACCGACAAAACCAGUGACAAUAACAGAAAUGGCUCCUGUAAGUUUAAGCCAUAACAAUGGCAAUGGUAGUGGCAGUAGCAACAACGGAGAUCGAGAGCGGUGGAAACAAAGGUUUCCAUCGAAUACCAAAGAAAAAGUUGACAUCGUCUGCUGCAAACAAUGUGACGGUUAUGGAAUUGCAGACGAAUUUGUUGAUCAAUACUUCUGUUCGGAAAAAUGCCGCAAACUUAGUGUUGCCCAACCGACAAAAUCGAAAAAUCGAGAAGGCGGUGCAGCUGCUGGUAAAGUGGCAGUCAAACGCAAGUCCACCUCGUCUAACUCGUCUUCUCAGGCAGGUGACGCGGCCAACAAUGCCAUUGUCGAAUCGUCGCUUGAACCUUGUAACGAGCAAACGAACAAAGAUGGCGACCUGAAGCCAAUUAAAUCAUCGUCGGCUUGGUCGUGGUCAAAGUAUUUAGAAAGAAGACGAGCACAAGCCGCUCCUGAACGACUAUUUUCAGACCCCUUUCCUUAUGGUAAACAUGGCUUUCGAUCAGGAAUGAAGCUGGAGGGCAUCGAUCCCGAGCAUCAAUCUCUUUUCUGCGUUAUGACUGUUGCAGAAAUUCAAGGAUACCGACUGCGGUUGCAUUUUGAUGGCUAUUCCGACUCACACGAUUUCUGGCUAAAUGCUGAUUCUGAAAAUCUGUUCCAUUGUGGAUGGUGUGAGAAGAAUGGCCAAAAAUUGCGACCACCAAAACAUUAUGAAUUGCCAAGUGCGCAGUCCACAUCAUCGCCCCUUCCACCUCACAAUCAAACAACUGUCCAGCCCACCACACAUGGACGUACCUUCAGCUGGCCUCAGUACUUGAAGUUUACAAGUAGCGUAGCAGCCCCUCGUCACCUGUUUAUCUCUGCGCAAAAUGAGUCACCAGUGCCCAGCGCUUUUCGUAUUAAAAUGAAAUUAGAAGCAGUAGAUCGACGCCAUUCGUCGCACACACUUUGUGUUGCUACGGUUGCAAACGUGAUUGGUUCGCGCUUCCUGGUCCAUUUUGACGGAUGGGAUAGUAUCUACGAUUAUUGGGCUGAUCCCACAUGCCCUUAUGUUCAUCCGGUCGGAUGGGCACAGGAACACAACACAACACUUACACCACCUUGUGAUUAUGACGCUGAAGCUGGUGACUUUGUUUGGGAUCACUACCUUGCCAAGACAGGGUCGACGGCUGUUCCUCCACGGGCUUUCAAACCUCGUUCACCCGUUGGAUUCAAAACAGGCAUGAAACUUGAAUGCGUUGAUCCACGCAACCCGCAACUCAUUCGCGUCGCCACCGUGGCAGCUGUAAAGGGAUAUCGGCUAAAAAUCCAUUUUGACGGCUGGUCUUCUGACUAUGAUUUCUGGACUGAUGACGAUUGGCCGGACCUGCAUCCACCAGGAUGGUGCUUGAAAACAGGUCAUCCUCUGCAACCUCCAUUUGUGACGUCCAGCUGUUCCUCGGCGACUGAAAGCGAAUGUUCUACACCAGGCUGUACGGGUGCUGGGCACGUGGAGGGUGCACGAUAUGCCACACACACUACAGCUGAUCAUUGCCCAUAUUCUAGUAGCAAUUUACACCGUGAAAAUCCAGCAUUUCCCGACCGGUUAACAGGUGAAGAAAUCGAUCCAGUUGUACAGCGACCUCCCUCACCUGAAGUUGUAGCAAGUAUAGCAGAGGAAGAGCAUGUCAAAGAGGAACCUGGUGUAGGCAACAAAACCAAAGCAACCUUAAUUAAAAUUGAAAUAGAAACUGGAGAGCGUAGUGGCAGUGCCCCAACUACGGAAAGGUCGUCACCACCUCCCCAGUCUUCGUCUACCACAAGCGUUAAGAAAGUGGAAGAACAGCGAAAAUCGAAAGUUUCAGAAAUUAUCGACCUACCAGUCAAGAGCGAAUCUGAGGCUGAGCUAAAUAACAGACUUAUCCAAGUCGAUCUCAGACCUGAAAGUCCAUCUACAGAACAACAAUACGACUCAUUGGAAGCCCUUACGCCACCUCCUAAGAAAAUAAGGCUUUCCUACUUUACCGGCAAAACGGCAGCUAGUGACAACGUAAGGCGGAAAUCUGCUGUUCUUGAAGAGCGGGAUAAAACGAAUGGUGAUGUGCCCCACGAUCAGAGCCUUCCGGCCGCAGAACGCAGGCGGAAAGAUGAGCCAAACCGGAAUUCUCUAGCGGGUCAAAAUGACCAAUUUGACACCUCAGUGAGCUGCUCAGUGGAAGCGCAAAAAUCAAUGCAACCAGGCUAUUCGAUGAUGGAUUUCCCUACCAAUUCCAAUCUGACAACGCCAAUGUGUUGGUCCAAGCAUGCUACGCUUCUCGGUGAUCUUGUCGGAGUCAACACGUCUUAUCAAGUGGCUCGAUGGUCCUGCGAUCAGGUUCUGGAAUUUUUAGCCAAAUUCGGUAUUAGUAAGCCGUUACUAGAAAAAUUCAAGCAAGAGGAAAUUGAUGGCGAAGCGCUCCUUUAUUUGUCUCAAAGUGACCUAACGGACUUGCUUAGCGUCAAAUUAGGACCUGCCAUUAAAAUUCGAAAUGCUUUGCUGCUAAUGAAGGAAAAAGCCAAAUCUGCAAUGCCAUCGACGAACGAAGCACAUUCUUAGAUAUACUAGAAUUUAAUUGUAUGGUUGUCCUAUCCAGUUAUUUUUCUUAUGCAUUGUACCGUGAACGAAUCGAGAUAACCUCUUGCUCGAAUGAUUCUCAAUCUCGACUGCACACGACUUGAUUUUCUAUGUAUUACUAAAUUUCUUUUCCCGUUCUUUCUAUCUUUCUGAGAUUUUUUUUUAAGUUCAAUAAAGACAUUGAUUUAUG